AUGACUACAUCAAGGAAGGGCAAAGCACCGGAACGAGGAACCGCGUCUACGUCUUCUGCAAAGAGAAAGAUUGACGACGAGGACAGGGUUGCUUCCACCGCCUCCAAGAAACCCCGAGUCUCCAUUGCCGACCUCCUGUCAUCCCAGCAAAGCAACAGUUGGAAUGAUAACAGUCGAACCAGCCAGGCCGACGGGAACAGUGACGGAAACCUGAGAAAGAUGGGAACCACUACUCCACAACCGGCGAAGACCUCAUACGCCAACAUGUAUUCGUUUACGCCUUCCAAAUCCGUCACGAGUAACGUCGUCGACUUAACGGCCUCACCCUCGUCUCCCGAGUCACAGAAGAGGAAAGCAUCAUUCGCCAACCCGAGAACACCUUUCAAUCCUCACCAAGGGCCUAGGAAAUUGGUCGUGAAGAACCUUCGGACUGUUCCUCGGAUAGACCCUGCGCAGUACUUUGAGCAGAUAUGGGUGCAAGAGGACAAGGCUCUUGAUGCCAUCUUCAACAAGGAGAAAGAAGCAUAUUCGUUAGAAGAACUCUACAAGGGUGCCGAGAAUGUCUGUCGGCAGGGCAAUGCCCCGGAACUGUACAACCGGCUGGGCAAGAAGUGCGAAUUACACCUUAUCGAGCAUGUGAGGGAUGGCAUUCGGCGAGAUGAGGAAAGCUCUCCGGACGCCGAAGUUCUCCGGGCUUUUGUCAAUGCUUGGACAACAUGGCAGAAGCAGUUGUUGACAGUCCGGCAGAUCUUCUACUAUUUGGAUCAAACAUACCUGCUACGGUCCGCAGACAACCCAAGUAUCACACAGAUGGGAUUGAUCAAGUUCAGAUCUUGCGUCUUUCAAGACCAGUUCAUCAGGCAGAAGGUCCUGUCCGGGGUCGUCACACUCAUCGACUCUGAUAGGGGAGGAAAUCUGAGCGAGAACGAAACCAGUCUCUUACGCCAAUCCAUCGACGCGUUGCAUGAGUUGAGCAUUUACACGGGCGACUUCGAGCCUGUGUUCGUCUCGACUACCGAACAGUACUUCAGGACAUGGCGCCAAACGAAAGCCAACAAGGACGAUCUUUCUGACUACGUCAACAACUGUACUGAUCUUCUUACCCGCGAGAUGUCUCGAUGCGAUUUCUUGACAUUUGAUCGAAGUACAAGAGCGCUCGUCGCAGAUCUCUUUGACAAUAUUCUGAUCGAAGAGGAACUCGAUGUCCUUACCAACGGUGACAGUAUAUUAGAUCUUUUCGAGGACGACAAAUACGAAGAGCUGGAGCGACUCUACACGCUGCUACAGCGCAAGAGACAUGGAGAGAUACUUGCUCCCCCCUUCAGCAAAUUCGUCGAGACAGAAGGAUCCCUGAUCGUGUUCGACGAAAAGCGAGAGUCGGAGAUGGUGGUUCGGCUGCUCGAGUUCAAGAGCAGGCUCGACCAUUUUCUCAAAUACUCCUUCCAAAACAACGAGGUCAUCGGGAAUGCGCUGCAUAAAGCAUUCGAGACUUUUAUCAACAAGACCAAGAAGUCGCAGUCAAACUGGGAUACGGACAACGCCAAACCAGGAGAAAUGAUAGCGAAGCACGUCGAUCUGUUGCUCAAGGGUGGAGUGAAAGCUAUUCCACGUCUCCAAACACGUCGAAUGGAUCCAUCAAAGCCCGAAGAGGAGCAUGAUUUCGAUGAUGCGCCAGGGGGCGAGGAUGCCGAAAUCAACCAGCAUCUGUCCAAUGCGCUGGACCUCUUUCGUUUUGUCCACGGCAAGGCUGUAUUUGAGGCAUUCUACAAAAAAGAUCUGGCUCGUCGUCUGCUCAUGGGUCGGAGCGCAUCAUUCGACGCCGAAAGAAAUAUGCUCACGCGCCUGAAGAACGAAUGCGGCGCUGCCUUCACGCAUAACCUCGAAUCAAUGUUUAAAGACAUGGAUCUGGCUCGCGAGGAGAUGAUGUCGUACAAGCAACUCCUAGACGAUCGAGGCAUCAAGCCGAGUCCAGACCUACAAGUCAAUGUCCUGUCUGCUUCUGCGUGGCCCACGUACCCAGACGUCGCCGUCAACAUUCCAUCCGAGAUAGCAAAGGUCAUGGAGGACUUUGAGACACACUACAAGUCCAAACAUAGCGGACGGAAGCUCACCUGGAAGCAUUCCCUCGCACAUUGCCAGCUGCGCGCAAAUUUCCCACGCGGAUACAAAGAGCUGGUCGUCUCAGGCUUCCAAGCUGUUGUUUUACUGCUUUUCAACGACAUCCCGGUCGAUAAACACUUGUCGUACGCAGAGAUCAAGGCCUCGACUGGCCUUGUCGAUGCGGAGCUACGCCGGACCGUGCAGUCGCUUGCGUGUGCAAAGUACCAUGUUCUCAAGAAGCAUCCGAAAGGGCGGGAUGUCAACGACACCGACACCUUCACCUUCAACGCGGCAUUCGUUGACGCCAAAAUGCGCAUCAAGAUCAACCAGAUCCAGCUGAAAGAGACGAAGGAGGAGAACAAGGAAACACACGAACGCGUCGCGGCCGAUCGGCACUACGAGACCCAGGCGGCCAUUGUACGCAUCAUGAAGAGUCGCAAGAAGAUCAGCCACAACGAACUGAUCGUCGAAGUCAUCAAAGCAACCAUGUCUCGCGGCGUCCUGGACCAGGCUGACAUCAAGCGAAACAUCGAAAAGCUGAUCGAGAAGGAUUACAUGGAGCGCGAGGAGGGCAACACCUAUUCCUAUGUAGCCUGA